AUGCCCACCGCCGUGGCCAGCGCGACACGCGCCGCCUCGGCACGGCUCCGCGGCAUAGCCGCCCCGCUGCCCCCGUCGACCAACAAGCGCACGCGGCCUCCCACUACCGACAGCUCAACACCGGCCAGCAGCCCACUACGCAGCCGCACCAGCGACGUCGUCGUCGCGCCCGAAAGACUACAACGGUCCCCGGUCAAACGCAGCCGCACGGCUGCCGAAAUGCGCACCGUGGCCUCGACCCUGCACGGCCGCGACACCGCUGCCGCUGCCCCACCGACCCCGACCGAGGCAACCAGCAUGCACGCCACCCGACCGGCCAUAACACCGCACACCACGAACGUCCCGGAGGACGUCGCCAAGAUCUGUGGCAUCGCUAACGGCCACGCGGAUGCUCUCGCCACCGCACUUGCUAUUGUGUACGAAGCCGACCCCCUUACAGGCUCGGCCGUCGACACGAUCCUACAAAAGCUCUUCUACACCGUCACCUCGCAGGCACACCACGCCGCUACCACGACACCGCCUCCGGUCACGACGGCCGUACCGGCCACGACAACCAACCCGCCACCCACAUACGCCUACCGCGUCACCUCACAAACCACCCCCAUGUCACAACAAACAAACAAUAGCCACAGCAACACCCACACCACAGCAACGAAGCCACGAUACGAGGAGGUUAUCCUCCACACCAGCCGUAUGACGUCACCACCGUCAUGCGAGACUAUUGUUAACGCCGUCAAGUCCGCCGCCGGCGACCGCACUCCAGCCCACGCCGUACGCCAACUCCCGAGCGGCGACAGCGCGGUCGUCUUCCCGAGAGGAACGGACCGGUGGUAUGUCAAGGACAUGUCCUGGGCUGACGACCUCGGAGCCGACGUCACGAUCACUGGCCCGAAGGUCGUCCUCCACGGCGUACCAGCCGACACACUCCUCCAAGAUCUCCGCACCAGACUCAAGGCGCCUUGCCCAAUACUCCAGACACGCCCUAUGGUCCGCAAGGACAGCCCGCCGGCCCGUCCCGGUAGCUUAUGCCUCACCGUGGCCACCGACGCUGACGCCACCUUGCUUCUCCGGGACGGUGUCAUCCUCGACUACUGCCUCUACCGCGCCGUCCCGUACAGACCAGACACCAGACCACAUAUCUGUAACCGCUGCCAGACCUGGGGCCAUAAAGCACGCACCUGUCGAAAGCCACCCCGGUGCGCCCACUGCGGAAGCGCCCACGAGAGCCUCUCUUGUGACAAGUCCUCAGACGAGAGACACUGCCCGAACUGUCACACCCUUGACGCCGACGUCGUCUUCCUACAAGAAAUAGUCAAGACGAAGAACGGCGACGCACCAGGACCGGCCUCCGGCAAAUACCACAAACUCUGGGCCGGGGAGGGACGCCUUGCCGGCUACGUGGCGAAGCGCUUACCGCUGUCCUGCUGGGAAUACACAGCCGAAAAAGACCUUAUCCACAUCACUCUCUACACGCAAGGGCCGCGCCCUCUCCACAUCUUCGGCGUCUACAGCGAGCCAUUACCACCUGGUCCGGGGCCGUGGGACUCGCCACUGCCCCGCCUCGCCGCUCAACCACAACCCGACACAGAGGCCGACGUCGUCCUUAUAGGAGAUGUGAAUCUCCACCACCCACUUUGGGACACCGCCGGACGGACCUCUACCCACGCGGACGUCCUCCUCAAUCUCACAAAUACGUGGGAUCUAUCUCUACUCACGCCGCCGGGCACACCAACCUGGCAGCCGCAGGGUCAACGGUCCCACCAGCGCCCAUCAACGAUAGACCACACGUGGGCCUCGCCACGGCUCCGGGCCACGCAUACCGUGCUCGACUGGCCGGGCUCCGACCACACGCCACAGGCCUGCUUUAUACCAGCGACGACACCACCAGUACCGGCAGACGGCUUCUGUUGGUCCCGAUUCAAUCAAGAUAAAGCCGCGGCCCUAGGGAGAGAUAUCCUCCUCCCGACGCCACCGCCGCCUACCGACGUCGCCACCCUCGAGCACCAGACCGACGACUUAAUCGGCAAACUCGCCGGUAUUAUGCACGCAUGCGUCCCGGCCAAGUCACCCCCCCGGGGACAACGCUUUCCUGGUUGGGACGAGGCUACCGCCGCCGCUACAAACGCUCUCCGCGCCGCGGAGAGAAGAGUACAAGCCGGAGACCAGUCUACGGCCGCAUACGACGCCGUACGAGACGCACGCCGAGAGCAACGGCGCGCCCUCCGCCGUGCCGGUACCCGUCACUGGCGGGCCGUAUUAUACAAGGCCUCGGCAAGAGACGUAGACCUAUGGAGACUCGAAAAGUGGGCUCGCUCCCGGAGCCAUAACCCCUCCGCUCCGCCACUCCUCCCCCCGCUUCGGCGCCCUGACGGCACGUACGCCACCCACGUCGACGACAAAACGGAGAUCCUCUCCCACCGCUUCUUCCCGACUCCUGACGCCGCACUACCUCCACGGCCGCCCGCGACACCACACGGCCGUAUCUUUAUUAGCCAAAAUAUCUCUAUAAACGACGUCACAGCAGUAGUCUACCGUACCUCCCCGAGGAAAGCGCCGGGACCGGACCAAAUACCGAACGCACUCCUCCGUGCUUGCGGCGACUCUCUCUUCCCAUGGCUCCGGAACAUCGCCACCGCCAGCCUCCACCUCGGCCACUGGCCGUCACACUUUAAGGCGUCCCGCACAAUAAUUAUCCCAAAACCCGGCAAAACCGCUCAAGAGAGACAAGAAGCAAAAGGGUGGCGCCCAAUCGCGCUGCUUAACACCGUCGGUAAAGUCAUCGAAGCUAUCGUGGCCCGCCGGCUGGCCGAGACAGCAGAAGAAAACAAGCUCCUCCCGGAGGGUCAAAUGGGUAACCGGCGCUACCGGUCGACAGAGCUCGCGGCCCGCCUCCUCACCGACGCCGUACGGAGCGUAUGGAGCGCCGGCGACACGGCGUCUCUCCUCCAACUUGACAUCCAAGGGGCCUUUGACAACGUCCACCACGGGUGGCUCAUUCACACACUACACACCCUCCACCUCCCGUACUGGAUAAUUAAGUGGAUAACGAAUUACUUGACAAGCCGGACGACGGAGCUCGCCUUCGACGGUAAGGUUGCCCCGGCACGGCCCGUUACCGCCGGCGUCCCCCAGGGGUCCCCGUUAUCACCCAUCCUCUUUAUCCUCUUUACGACACCACUCUACCAAGCCCUCCGCCGCCACCAUAAAGUUAUUACCCUCGGGUUCGCAGAUGACACCAACCUCCUCGCGAGCGGCCGCACGACAAGCUUUUGCUGCUACCUCCUUCGGGAGGCAUGGUCUACCGUCACGGAGUGGGCACAACCGAGAGGCGUCGUGUUCGAGCCGGCGAAGAGCGAGCUCCUCCACUUUUCCCGCACACACGCGGCCCCGACGACGACGCUUACGCUCGACCGGGAUACCGUCCUUAAGCCCCGACAGUCGGCCCGCUUCCUCGGUAUCUGGCUCGACAGGAAGCUCCUUUUCUCGGCACACCUCCGGCAAAUAAAACGCCGCCUCACCACACAGAGCUAUGCCCUUACGAGACUCACCGGGAAGACGUGGGGCUGCACGCUCCCGUGGGCCCGCACGAUCUAUACGGCAGUACUCCGGAGCACAGCAGCUUACGGCGCGAGUGUCUUCCUCCCGGAAAAGGACAACCGCCGGCCAACGAGCUCCCUGGACACUAUCUUUCACGGCUACCUCCGCACCGUCCUGGGGGCCUACCGGUCUACACCUAUCCACCUCCUCCACUCCGAGGCAGGUAUACCACCACUAAACCUCUACCUAGCUUACCGCCGCGCCGUCUUCUUAUCCCGGCCAGACUACCAAGCGAAAGCCCAAGCUAUCCGGAGCGCGGUCCACCGCCCCCGGCCGUUCACUAAUUAUUACCCGCCUAUCCCCGCCCCACCCCUACCGCCCAGGCCCGAAGAGACGGACUGGACUGUCGUUACCGGCCGUUGGAAGGCCCUCUGGCAACAAGACGCCGGCAACGGCCACUCUACGGGAUCCCUCGCGGCACGAACACCAUGCUGGACGGCAAAGGCCGUACGGCGCCGUCACCUCCACUUAACCAAGGCCGAGAGUAGCCUCCUUACGCAGAUCCGCACGGGCCAUAUCGGCCUCCGGGCGUACCUCCACUGGAGAGACGCCGUGGGCUCCCCGACAUGUAUAUGCGGCACUGCGGACGAGACCCCGGCCCACGUCCUCUUAUCUUGCACAGCAACACCCCAAAAACCGCCAGACUGGCCACAAACACUAACGGACCUGGACCGCCGCCUACAGACGGGCCUCACGGCCCGUCCACUUCUCCGCUGGCUUAUUCGGAGCGGGAGGCUCCCGGAGUACAGCCUAGCUAAGGAGCUAGAACGGACGCCGUCGCCGGUGUAA